CGCUGAGCACACUUAGUACAUGACAGCUACUGCUGACCGACUGGGUGACUUAGUAGCAGUGCAUCUCAGAAUUGUAUCAACUGCAUGUACAUGUUCAAUCUUAACGAUAAAAAGGCCGUUCAAGAAAAACUGUGCUUAAACCGAAAGGAUGUUGGUCACCACAAGAUAAUGAAGCGUUGGACUGUAGUGAUCUGUGCGGUCGUUGCAGUAUUAUGCUGGCACCCUGUUGGUCAUGUGUGCUGCUAUGAGCAGAGGCUGGCUCCCCUCCAGGCCCAGGGCCAGCCUACACAGGACACCAGGCAGCUGCCGGACCCCUUGGACCAGGCAGACACAGGACAGACGGAUGAGUUGCCCACCGCCCAGGAGACGGGCAGUCCGUCUGAACCCAGCAUCCUGACAGAAGGCAGCCAGGUGGAGGAGGAGGAGGAGGAGGAGCCAUGGUCUCUGGAUCACACAGAGACAGGGAAACUAAAGCAGACCACAGAGAUGAUGGUGAGGGCAGAAGAGCCUGUGCUGGAGUGGGACAGUGUGGCUGACCUCAAGCAGGACCUCAAGCAGGACCUGGAGCCUCCUGUCGCUGAGCCCCAGGGUCACACUGAGCAGCAGGAGCAGCAGCAGCAGCCUCAGCCUUCCACAGCCACCACUGAGCCUGCCACGGCCUUGCCUGCCUCUCCUAGCACCAGCCCGGAUGGCCAAGCGUCUCCCAGCAUUCCUACCUCAUUAGAAUCAGCUGCCGAAAGUGCCACAGAGUCCUUAGUAGCUGACCCCUCCACUCCUCCAGUGUCCAGCACAGACUCUCCCCCAACUGACUGUGAGGCAGUAGAAAGACCCUCUUAUAGCGAUGUGUUGACCGAUCUUCCAGUGCUGCAGAGCACCAGUACCCCAGGAGGAGGGAAGGGGACUAGCACCGAGGUGGAUGCCUCUGCAGCACAGGCGGGCCAGGGGAGCAACACGUCCUCCCGCCUGCAGAAAGACAAGAUUGCCAAGGAAGUGGACUCCUCAGCACCAACUAAGGACCCGGAGGACAUCCCCACUUUUGAUGAGUGGAAGAAGAAGAUGAUGGAAGUAGAGAUAGAGAAAAGUCAGACCACACACACAUCCUCUAAUGGGGGACGGGGAACACACGUGGCAAAGAAGGUCCAGAGUAACUUGAACAACUACGCAUCAGUAGAAUGUGGGGCCAAGAUUUUAUCAGCAAACCCUGAAGCCAAGAGCACCUCUGCUAUUCUAAUGGAGAACAUGGACCUGUACAUGCUGAAUCCAUGCAGCAACAAGAUCUGGUUUGUUAUCGAGCUCUGUGAGCCCAUUCAGGUGAAGAAACUUGACAUUGCCAACUUUGAACUCUUCUCCUCCACACCCAAGGACUUCCUGGUGUCCAUCAGUGACAGGUACCCAACAAAUAAGUGGGUCAAGCUGGGUACAUUCCAUGGCCGUGAUGAACGCACAAUCCAGAGCUUUCCGCUGGAUGAACAUCUCUUUGCCAAAUAUGUCAAGAUGUUCACCAAGUACAUAAAGGUGGAGCUGCUCUCUCACUUUGGCUCGGAGCACUUCUGUCCUCUCAGCCUCAUCAGGGUAUUUGGCACCAGCAUGGUGGAGGAGUAUGAGGAGAAUUUGGAUCCUUCAGAGAGAACUGACAUCCCGGAUGAUGAUGAGGAUUACCCUCCUGGGUAUGUGCCAUCAGAGUCCAAAUCGUCCAAUAACAUUAUUGGAUCUGCAAAGGAUGCCAUCCUGAACAUGGUCAACAAUAUCGCAGACAAAGUGCUGGGAGGCCAUCCAGACGGGAGAGAUGGUAAUGGCACUGCAUCAGCUGUGAACGUGUCUGAUUCAGCUCCAGACGCCCAGAUCUCCCCUACUGCAUCCUCCUCACCUCAAAUUGAGGCCACUAAGGUCAGUGAAACAGGCAUGAAAGAGCUUCCCACAACCUCCACACAAGAGACCCCCACAGAAGAGGCCCUCACGCCAGAGGAGACCGCGGCCCUUCAGCCCUCCACUCCGGACGUCUCCUCGCCGGCCCUCUCUGAGGUCAACCAGAUCGUAACCUUGCUGCCCGCAGACGACAGCGACUCGUCAGGAGGUCCCGGCACCGACAGUGGAGACAGUGGCUUGCUGAGGGAGCACACAGACGCACGUCUGCAAGAGAGCUCCAUCUACUGUGAGGAGCAUCCUUCCUCCUCCUCCUCCUCCUCCUCCUCCUCCUCCUCCUCCUGCUGUUUGGGCUCCCUGCAGGAGCACCUCUUGAAGCAGUGCUCGGCAUUGUUGGCCCUGCAGAGGAGGCGCAAGAGGACCACUGAGCCGCUCUCGGACGCCUCCACAUCAUCAUCAUCAUCAUCAUCAUCAUCCUCCUCCUCCGUCUCUUCUGAAGAGCAGAGUGUCUCCCCCAGCUCUGCCAGCCUGCAGGAGGACGCGAAGCCCACUAAAGACCUUUCCUCUUCCCCCACUGAGGAGUCACCCCCUCCUGAGCAGCCUCCGACUGUCCCUGUCGUUCAGCCCGUGGUUGACCCGCUGGAUCUUGCACCCAGUCUGACCCCAUCGCUGUCUGAAGACCUCUCCUCAGACCCACCCUCCCACAAAGCCACCCCCACCAUAGAUCCGAGUGAGUCUUUGGUCUCGGACACGCAGAUAGAGGGCAGCGAAGAGACGGAGGCCGACAGAAGGACCCCUACGCCCUCGUCCACCGCUUCCUCACCCCACUCCGCCGGCACCACCGCUGUCCAGGAGGAUGUCGGCUCCGCAGAGGACACGACCACGGGGCCUGCAGACCAGCCGGGUGCAGAGCCAGAAGGUUCCUCUCCUGACCCCAGUGGUGACGUGUUGGAGCAGGCUGCCUCCCCGCCAGCUCAGCCCUCCACCAGCACAGAGCCACCUUCCCACCCCGAGGACCACCCAGGGGUCCCAGAGGAGCACCCGCCCUCUGCCCCCUCCACAGAGGCCUCGGAUGGGCUGUUUGCCACCGGUGAGCCCAGGCUGGAGGACCUCUUGGAGGAUGGGAUCCUGGACGGGUCGGCCAGCAUGGGCCAGCUUCCUGUCUCGGGCACUCCCUCGUCCUCGCUGGAGAUGCUCUCGGAGAUGGUGAACGCCACAGAAGUGGCCGGCGGGGGCAGUGGCCAGGGGCACGGCUCUGGCCAGAAGGAGUCGGUGUUCAUGCGGCUCAACAACCGCAUCAAAGCCUUGGAGAUGAACAUGUCCCUCAGCGGACGCUACCUGGAGCAGCUUAGCCAGAGGUAUCGCAAGCAGAUGGAAGAGAUGCAGAAGGCUUUCAACAAGACCAUCAUCAAACUCCAGAACACCUCCAAGGUCGCUGAUGAGCAGGACCAGAAGCAGACGGAGUCCAUCCUGACCCUCCAGGGCCAGCUGGAGAACGUCACUGACCUGGUGCUCAACCUGUCCGUCAGAAUCAGCCAGCUGCAGAGAGAGGUGUCAGACAGGCAGAGUUACCUGCUGCUGUGCCUGGUGCUGUGUCUGCUGCUGGGCCUGGUCCUCUUCAUCAACCACUGCCGUCUGGCCUCCACUCCUCCCACCGCCGAGCCCGACCUCACCCACGCCAGCAGCUACACCUACUGCUGCCCCGAGGGGUCUGCGCCUGGCUGUGAUGACCUGGGGCUGAAGAGGAGCGCCUCCUACCCUCUCCUCCAGUCCGCCUUCCAGAUCCCCACCACAGAAGGGCCAGCUGACGCUUACAACGUCGAAACUUCCAGAAAUCCCCUCUUGAAUAAAAAGCAGAAGAAGCGCUGUAAGAUGAAGCAGGCCCAGAAGAGGGUGGAGACGCUGAGUGCCGGCGUGCUCCCCGGCGCCGCCCUGCCGCUGGCUAACGGAGGACCCGCGUGCGGACUCCAGCCUCCCCCCGCCGCCGCCGCCGCCGGCACCGCGCCCCGGGACGCCCAGUCCGAGGGGAGCUCGGAGGGCUCGUCGCACUCGGACGAGCCGUCCUUCUGCGGCGUGGCCGCCUCCUGCCGCCGCCUGUGCGACAGCCUGCCGCCGCCGGGCCGGACGCGGGCCGAGAGGCGCGCCUACAAGCGCCGGCGCUCCAAACCCGCCGUCGCCGGCUCUGCCGUGGUGGAGCUGCUGCAGGCCCCGCGGCGGCGGAGUGACCCCGUGCUCUCGGGGGGCAUCGGCAUGACCUCCCUGCAGGACCUGAUGAAGGGCAAGAAGGAGAUGAGCGCGGGGACCCUGGGGGCCAUGGCCAUCUCCGGGCCGCCUUGACACUGCUCGCCAGGCCCACCAGGGGGCGGUGUGGCACCAGUGCCUGUGCGCUGGGAGCUGGACAGAGGCCUUGUGCUACCCACAGGAAGAGGUGGGGAGCUGACCCCUGCUUAAAGCACUUCAGAUGGGACGCUGCUCAUGCUUCCACUAUCCUACUCCCUUGUAAUUGUAAAAAAAAAAAAAAUGCACCUUACUCACCUGAGUCCAGGUUUAGAUGUUUUAGGGCUAAUAUUGAUGAGGUGUUCGGUUUUUCCUCGCAAAUGCAGGAAAAAGGGACACCAGGUUUGACCUGUCAGUCUAGAGGUAAGUUCAGGUAUAGAAACUGUGAGGGUCAUUUUGCUAGUGUGAAGACUGGCGAAUGUCAUUAGUUGCUGCUCUUUAAUCAGCUGCCAAUGUGACAAAUCACGGAUGCCACAGACAUUUCAUUCAUUCAAAUUGUACGAAGCAGCUAUCAGUUUCCAUUGUAGGUGAACAAUGUAGAAAAGGACAAUCACUUUGGGCUUUCAGUAGUUUACCAGUCAUGCCUUUAACCACAUUCAUAUGGAAGAGUCAAGACAUAGAUUUCCAUAAUAAUGCCCCAAAGGUUUGGUGUAUAAAGACACUGAACCAUAAAAACAUUCUUUGUUUUUUUUCUAUUUAUUUAUUUUUUAAACUCCUGUUUUGCCAGAGGUGAUUUUUCCAGAUAACCUAUUCUUCCAUGGCUUUGUAAUAUUUUUGUGAUGGUCAUUCACUGUAUUAAAUCUGGACACCUGAAUGGUACCCAACUGA